AUGAAUAGCUCAAACCAAGAGGAGCAAAAUUGUUACCAGAUUCCACUUCCCCUAAAUCACUUACAACAUGAACGACAGCCGCAGCAAUACCAAAGUUCCUUACAAGCCGCGCCAACUAUAACUGCGGAAAAUACUAAUGAUGACGAGUCUCAGCAACAAUUACAAGGGCUGUUACAGUUUCAAUGGUCUAGCGAAGAUCAUGUACCACAAUUAUUUGACCAAAAUAACCCCGAAUUCUUUGGCCCUGUCGCUCCUCCACCUCUGCAAAUCAUGCCGCAAAUCAGUGCGGACCACCAGCCCCAGUUUUUCAUUCCCAUGAUUCCUUCCGGAUACCCUUUAGAAGGUCCUGCUCUUCCUCCUCCAACACGAUCUCCUGGUCUGAUGGUCACUCCUCAUCACCAACAGUAUCCUGCUUACAUUGACGAUCCUAUGGUGCAAGUACAUCGAGCAGCCCCCCCAGUAUACCUUCAAUAUCAUCAGCCAAUGGUACCAGACUACCAACAUCAAUAUCAUAAUCAAGUACCGACAAGCUUUGGAUACUUGGUGCCAUAUAUCGCCGAUGGUGAAACUCUGUACGGCUUGUACUUUGCCCCGGUUCAAGAAGGAUGGGUCAGUGAAUCUGCGCAUGAAGUAAAGCCUACCAAUCCUUUACAAAGCGCUGCAAGCUUUGCCGAUUCCACUGGACCAAAUACGUGGAAUUCAUCCGCCACCUUUAUGGCAAGUGCAAGGUCUAAUAAUAAUAAUAAUAAUAAUAAUAACAACAAUAACUCUGGCCACUUCUCCGAUGUUGGAAGAAAGAACGAUGAUCGGUAUAGUAGGACUAAUAGCAGAGAUAAAGAGGGUAAAAAGAAGUUAAAACCCCUGGAGGAGCUGGGUAACCAUUGUGAAGCCAACCCUCUACUCUAUUCACAACAAUAUCCCGGGUGGCAGUCUCCGGUUGCUCCUGGUAUAACUUUGGCAUCUAGUAAUUUCAUAUCUCAUAAUAUUCAUAAUGAAACAAAGCCCACGCUUCGAAGAAUUUCCACAUUACCAAAGGAUAAAUAUUUGCGGCUCACAAACCAUAAUAUUGAAAACGAUGAUGCAGUAAACUUCGAUUUCACUGGGAUGGCGAACGAUCCCACGUAUGGGAAUUUCUCAAUUGUUUUCACUAAGCCGUUGAUACACGCCAUAGAGAAUUGGACCAGCCAAGAGAUUCAAAAUCAAAGACGGCUAGUGUGGUUUGACUGGUCGCUUUCAUUGCACAAUUCAGAAAAGGAUGCCGACGAAUAUUCAGCACCGUUGCAAAAUCAGGCAGUCUUUGAAAUUCUGUGUCAGCCGAUUCCUCAAAUGGCGUAUUCCCCCAAUAGCCCUGUAGCGUCGUGUAUUUACUGGAAGUAUAAGGGUGAUUAUUAUAUAACUAGCGUCGAUGUGAUUUCUUUGCUUGAAAAGUUGUGCGGCGCGGAGCGACCGUUUGACAUUAAGGAAAAGAACCGGAUUCGGAGAAACCUCCAGACUUUGGAAAGUUUAACGAUUGGGAAAACCAAUUUUGCCAAUGAAACUUCUAAAGGAUCAUCAUCAACAAAGCGCAGCAAAUCAUCGCGUAAGCGUGGUGGGAUGGUUGAGAGUUCUCAUGUACCGGGAACGAGUAGUUCUUUAGAGACUCAUUCCAGCACCGGAUCUGGUAGGAAUUUCAUAAAGCAUACCCUCGACCCAGUUGAGGUGAACAAAAUAUUCGAUCUAAUCAUGAGCUAUGAUCAUCCGCGUCCCAGAAGAAUAGAAAAGGAUAUUAAGGUGUAUAAAUGGCGGGUUUUGGAGGAGGCAUUGAUACGGGUGUUGAGCAAGUACUGCUAUGAUAAAUCAAAGAGUAUUUAG